AUGGAUAUCCUCCUCCCACGAGCCUACGAGUGCGAGACAAUAAAUGGUCAACGGUAUUGCCGCGAGUAUAGCAGAUGGCGUGACUGGGGUCGCUGGGUCGCAUUCGCUGUGAUCGUCGGAGCAGCCUUGAUUAUCUUCUUCAUUCUAGCAUGCUUCAACGCUCGACGACGUCGCAGACAGGGCCUCCGACCCUACGCCGGAACCGCCUGGAUGGCUCCUCCUCCCCCGUAUCACCAGCAAUCGCACGCAGACCCAUACAACCGACCGCCGCCACCGCCUCAAUAUACGCAGUCUCCUGGACCUCACGGAUACUUUGGCGGACAACAAACCGGGAUUGAGCUGCAACAGCCUCCCAAUGCGCACUACGGCGGCGGACCUGUAUACUCGCCACCCGCUGGGCCCCCUCCUCCCAAGCCUUAA